AUCCUGCUCCAGCACCUGUGGCCCUGUCCUUCUGUCCCUCCCACCACCUGCCUCUCAGCAUCGAAUCUGUGCUUCCCUCCUGCCUUCCUCACCCCUCUCUGUCCAUCCCUCCCGCUGCCACUAGGUCCCCCGUCUGUGCAGCUCUCCAUCCCUGCACUUUUCCCUGGUUUCCUAUAGCUCCACCAGCCUCUUCCACGCACACCCCAGGUGCUGGGUGCCACCACACCACCGCCUCCCUUACCUGGCGACCCAGACUUGUCCCUAGCCUGUCCCACUCCCGCCUGGCCUUUAACUCCUUCCCCGCCGCAGCCAUGUCCAACAACAUGGCCAAGAUCGCGGAGGCCCGCAAGACUGUGGAACAGCUGAAGCUGGAAGUGAACAUCGACCGCUUGAAGGUAUCGCAGGCGGCGGCGGAGCUACUGGCCUUCUGCGAGACGCAUGCCAAAGACGACCCGCUGGUGACGCCGGUACCGGCCGCAGAGAAUCCCUUCCGCGACAAGCGCCUCUUUUGCAUCCUGCUCUGAGCCUUCCUGAGAGCUUACCCUCCCCUGCCAAAGUAUGAAUCCAAUA